ACAACGCGAACAGGUGAAGAUACGCAAGAAAUGAUGCUGAAACUGAGAAGAAAGGGAUGGACUGCUAAAAGAGCAAAUGUAUGAAGAUUAGAGAGAGAGAGAGAAGGAGGGAGAGAAAGAGAGAGAGAGGUGUUUCCCCGCUGCACGCUUCCUUCGGCUGGAUGGACUGUUUCGUUUAGGGAAUAAGAAGUAAUUGAUUAACACAAGCUUUAUUAUAGACAUAAAUGCAAAUUUAUCAGCGAAAGACAUUUACCUAAAACCUGGAAGGAUAGCAGUACCACCUGUAUAUUACGGAAACAUGUGUUGAAGGGACCAGGGAGGCACAUAGGCGAGGUAUAACAUAUGUAGCUUAUAUUUUUGGCAAGCUUGUCUUUUAUAUUACCAAAGGAACGAACCGUAGCACAGUGACGUUGCGAUGUUUUGCUAGGUGCUGUAGCACGGAAAUAUUACAUUAUUCAUAAACUGUAGCCAGUUAUCAAAAAUACAUCUUGUUCUGCGCAGUCAUUCGGACCACACGCCGACAGGACCACUGCUUUCAUCCGAAAACUAACUACAUUUCACCUAACAUUUGUGCUAUUUGCGUGUUCAUGUGUGUGUGUUCAGUAACACACGCACUGCCCGCACGCGAACAGAGCCAGACGCACAACGAGCUCCUCCCACCCCCCUCCCUUCUCGGUUCUCUCUCCUCCUCUCCCACCCCCUGCUCCUCUAUGCUCAGUUCGGUGUGUGUCUCCACUUUCAAAGGGCGCAAGGGUGGGAACAAGUCGUCCAGCAAAGCAUGUUACAGCGCAGACAUGACUUGUCCGUCAGAGAGCGACAAAAUUGUGAUAAACUGCGGGGGGGUUCGGCACGAGACGUACCGCAGCACCCUGAAGACGCUGCCCGGCACGCGCUUGUCUUGGCUCACCGAGCCAGACGCGUUCAGUAACUUUGACUAUGACCCCAAAUCCGACGAGUUUUUCUUCGACCGUCACCCCAACACUUUCGCAUUUAUCCUAAACUAUUACCGCACGGGGAAGUUGCACUGUCCCAAUGAUGUGUGCGGUCCUCUGUUCGAGGAGGAGCUCGCUUUUUGGGGUAUCGAUGAGACAGACGUGGAGGCUUGCUGCUGGAUGAACUACAGACAGCAUCGGGACGCCGAGGAAGCGCUGGACAGCUUCGAGACACCCGAACCGGACCCUCCGGAAGACGACCCAGCUCUGACGGGUGGCGCUGACGGGGACCUGAAGAGGUUGUGUCUGCAGGAGGAUGGACGAAACCCCAGCUGGUGGAGUAUAUGGCAACCCCGAAUCUGGGCGCUCUUUGAGGAUCCAUACUCCUCGAAAUACGCUAGGUAUGUGGCGUUCGGCUCGCUUCUGUUCAUCCUCAUCUCCAUCUCAACAUUUUGCUUGGAGACGCACGAGGCCUUCAACACCAUCUACAAUAAGACAGAGAACGUGACGGUGGGAAAUGUCACACGGGAGGAGGUUGUGUUUGAGGUAGUGACGGACAACUGGCUCACCUACGUGGAGGGAGUCUGUGUCAUCUGGUUCACCAUCGAGGUGUUCGCUCGCGUGAUUUUCUGCCCGGACAAGGCCGAGUUCUUCAAGAGCUCGCUGAACAUCAUCGACUUUGUAGCCAUUCUGCCCUUUUACCUGGAGGUGGCGCUGAGCGGACUCUCCUCUAAAGCAGCUAAAGACGUGCUGGGCUUUUUGCGCGUUGUGCGAUUCGUCCGAAUCCUGCGAAUCUUCAAGCUCACGCGCCAUUUCGUGGGACUGAGGGUGUUGGGUCACACGCUCCGCGCCAGCACCAACGAAUUCUUGCUCCUCAUCAUCUUCCUUGCUCUCGGAGUGCUUAUCUUCGCCACUAUGAUCUACUACGCCGAGCGCAUCGGCGCGUCCCCGGACGAUCCCACGGCGAGCGCCCACACCACCUUUAAAAACAUCCCCAUUGGCUUUUGGUGGGCGGUGGUGACCAUGACGACGCUGGGCUAUGGUGACAUGUAUCCAGAGACUUGGUCUGGUAUGUUAGUGGGCGCCUUGUGCGCCCUGGCGGGCGUGCUGACCAUUGCCAUGCCUGUGCCCGUCAUUGUGAACAACUUCGGCAUGUACUACUCUCUAGCCAUGGCCAAGCAGAAGCUACCCAAGAAAAAGAACAAGCACAUCCCACGGGCUCCACAGCCUGGAUCGCCCAACUACUGUAAACCAGAUGCCCUGGCCAUGGCCACUGCCUCACCGCACAGGCUCAUGGGUAAUGUGCUGGGCGGUAUGGUGGGCUCUGGAAGCAUGGCGGGAGACUGUCCUCUUGCACAGGAGGAAAUCAUAGAGAUUAACAGAGCAGUAGGAUUAUAUUUCAACACUGCAAAAAACCCCAGCCACAGCAUCUUAGAUUACAUCCCAGAAAACGUCUCAGCCAAUUUUACAUCAUCUCUUCUCCUGCCCUCAUCAAGCCCUCCAAAGAGAAGGAAAUAUAAUCACGAAUAUCCUCAACCAGCUUCAGGCUCUGACAACUCAAAGCAGAAUGGGGAUGCUGCAAAUGCAGCUCUGGCCAAUGAAGACUGUCCCACCAUAGACCAGGUGCUGGGGCCAGACGACAGGAGUCCAGCCACUGGUGGGUUGGGGACAUGCACGGGGCGCGAACGUUACCCCCACGACCGGGCCUGCUUCCUCCUCAGUACCGGAGAGUUCCGCACCACAGACAGCAAUGUCAGGAAAGGUUGUGUCGUGUCAUGCGUUUCAGCCGGCUAUGAGAAGUCCCGCAGCCUCAAUAACAUCUCGGGGAUGUCGGGGGCUCCUUUGCGUCUGACCCCCAUCACCCCAAUCAACAACCAACCCUAUGAACCCUACGAGACCCCUGGCCCUCUACGCCGCUGCAGAUCCCCCAUACCCUCGAUUCUGUAGCACAGCGUAGGACACAACGACAAAUUAAACAAAGAAGGACGCUCAAUGCACCCUCAUUCUGCAAUAGUAUUAAUAAUCGUGAUAAUGACGCUAAGUACUCGCACCUCAGCUCCUCCAUUGUUUGGACAGGGUGGGACUAUUUUUAAUGUCAUGCCUCAAAGGGGGUUGAUGAGCUUUAAGUACUUAAAUGAAUCAAAUGAGCAUUUUCAGUCAUUUUAUCGCACAUACUUCAGGCAAUAUCUCAGACAGGCAACUAAAACAAUUAUAUGCUGUAUCUUCGAGCGAGUUAUGCCUUAUUAAUAUACAAAAAAAAGAAGCACUGAAUAAUGUUAUAAUAAAACCCCUCACUGGUCCGUAGGCAGCGGUGAGCACCCUGUAGGAAAUCUAUACCUGUAGUUGAAUGACUGUAGUUGGCUUUCCCACAUUCUCUGCCUGUUUGCUGGUUAUGUAAAAACUAUAAGACUGUGAAAUCCAGCAGGCUUAUUCAUUGAGCAGCAGUUGCUCUUUUGAUAAACCAUUAUAGGCCUUGAAAAAUAAAUUCUCUUCAUAUCAAAGCUUGGAGGUCACAGAAGACAAGUAGUUCAAGUGCAUGCAAGAAAUGACUAAAGUUAGGCAAGUAGAGCAUAACUAAACUAAAACUCAGUCCCGUUUAACUGCUACAUGAACCUAUACAUCUACUCUACUCUGCUGGACUGAUGUUAACAUAAAGCAAAGCCCUGAAGCGCUACUGUAAUGGAUCUAGAAUCGGAUUAGUUUGGUUGAUUUUAAGUUUUGGUGAUUUGGGCCAUGGAGCAUUAUCAAUAUCACUCGUAAGGACACUUUAACCUCACGUAAUCACAUCGCUUUAAAACAUUUCCAACAGUAACGGUGGUUUGCACUGAAUAUCUUGAAAAAUGUACCUCGCAGGGGACACUAUUUGUGAGCUAAGUCUAAAAAUACUUAAACGGUGUUUGUGCAAUACUGUAUCAACUAUUACGAUGACCUCAGAUGAGCUGGAGACUUUACUAUUUGCAACUAUUAACUUUAACUACUAUUGUAAAAUAACAGCGAGACCGAGAACUGAUCAUUACAAAAGGCUAUUUUUGUACUAUAAAGCAUUUAGACAUCAUAGGGGAUAGGAGUUGUGUGAGCUUUGAGUUGGAGUCUGGAGAUCUUGCAUGGAGAUGUACUAUGAACUUUUUAGUUUUUGUAUUUUGACAUACUACUCUGCAUUUUUGUCACAAGAACCAUACAACGAAACGAAAGGAGGAGCCAUCAUAUUAAGGGCCUAUAAACUUCUGCACUUCUUCUGGACCCUUACCAAUUUGUAUAGCGCAUGAAAGAACUUUUACUAUGGUAUUUCCUCAUAAAUAUGAAGACAUGUGAAGCUGCACUCCUCACUGGAUAUCCGCGUAUAAUGGGGCUGUGGUGAACCAGACAGUUCAUCUAAGGGCACGAAUUAACUGGACCUUCAUCAUCAUCAUCAUCACUGUCAUUAUCCUCCCUAAUCAUUAUUAUCAUUUCCGAUUACUGUUAUUCCUAUAAUUUGAAUGCAGUAUAAAAUCAGUUCAGUUUGUUUUCUCUCUGGUCCCCUUUUCUUUCUCUAUUUUUUUUGUUUUUUUUAUCUGCCCUGUCUUUUGGAUGCUGACCUUCGUACCAAUAUAAAGGAGGGAACAUUGAAUGGAUGCUGGAUUGACAGCGGUCAGUAAGAGAAGAAAAAGAUGACAAAAUGAACUCUUUGAAAUGCAUAUAUGAGGCAUAUGUUUCACUGUGUGGGGGUGCACAGAUUUCAUACACACCUCUCAGCAAUGGCAGCUCACAAAACUUCUUGUUUUCUUUUGUGUAAAGAAACUGAAAAUCUGAGGUGUAAAUGACAAAAAUUUUAUUAAGUUUUGUAUAUUAGUUAAACAGUUGAUCAGAAAUCCAAGGAGCAGUUCUUUUUAGUUUUACAGGAAAGAAUUAGUUUUGAUAUUCUGUAGUAAUAUCAAAACUAGUAGAUACACUUCAUCUAAAUUAAGCAGUGGAAUUCUACAAAGAGUCCAUUUUAUAUUUUCUCCAUUUGAAGAGAUGCAAAAGCCGUACUAUACGUUUAUCAAAUCCGCUUAAUCCCGGCCUUGGGCCAUUCAGAAAUACCGGUUUGUUAGCAGAAUCCAUUAAGAGGGUCUAAUAAAAAUGCAAAUUUACAAGAAAACAUGUCAGAUACACUUAGAGGCUUUUGCAUCUGAGCUCUUCAUUUGUUGUUAAUAUUACUGCCACAUUCACAGUAAAAAUAUACUUCAGGCACUAUUUAAAGUUUGACAGAUGCCUAGAGCCUUUUGGAGAACCUUUUUGUUUAACUUCUGCAAAUUCUCAAAAAAGUCAAAGACUUCUUUAAAAGGUGCUAGAGGUUCUUUAAAGGGUUCAGCCAGGGUGGCAUCUUAAGAAACCCAAAUGGUGCCUGAAGAAGGAUUUAAUUUUUACAGUGUAGCUCGUACACUCUCUCUCCUCCUCUCUUCUCUCGUUGUCAGCUAGAGAAAAGAAAGUAAUGGUGGUUAUUGAUUACAUAGAGUAUGCAUGGAGGAAGGAAACGGUGUUAUGAUUUGUCUGCAUGUGCACUGCUUCAUGUGCAUUUAAGGUCUCACUAAAGGCCAUGUGCUGGAUGUAUGCAGUGCCUCAUGUGAGCAGGUUGAUGCAGUAUCAAGGGAGCUCUUUUUUCAGAUCAGUGUGACAAGCAAAAUACAAAAGGGAUUAUUUCAGCAGAAGCAUUCAUGCUGAUCUGAGAUCCAUUAAGAUUUUUUUUCGAGAAAAAAACUAAAAAGAACUGUUUAGAUUGGUUUGGUUUCAAUUAUUGUAUUUAUUUUUUCAAAAGUGUAUAUUUGAAAUGUCUGUUCAAAGUAGGUCCAUAUUGAAUCAGCAGACUUUUUCACAUUCUAAAAAAAGAAAAAAUUACCAAAAUGAUAUAUUUAGAGGGAGAGAAAGAGGGAAUCACAUAUCGUCACCUUAAUCCCUGUGUGGUUCUGGUCUGCCCAACACUUUUUAUUUCUCAUCUUCACCUCAUGAUCCUCAUACUCUGCAUUUCAUUUUUCAAUCUUUUUUUUGUUUUUUUUCUGCUCUUUAUGAGGGUCUAGAGGUCUCAAUGAUGUGUACAGUUUUGAAGGUUGACUUUGUAAUUUCCACAUGCAUGGAUUUUCAUUGUGAGCAAUAAGGGAAUUCAAAGUCUACGUGACAAGUGUUUUGAUAAGACAAUGUAUUUUGUAAAGAAGUUUAUGUACAUGUAUGUUCAUAUAAGUGUGUACAUAUGGAUGUGUAUAUUCAUACACAUGCAUAUCAAUGAUUUGCAUGAUACAAAUGUACAAACGUUUUUCAUUGCUGUUACCAGUAUUUCUGUUAUUCUUGACUUAUUUUUGCAUGCUGGGAUGCUAUUGGGUGGCAGAGACCAUUACAACAACUGUUUUAUAUUGUUUGUAUUUAUUAAUGAGGGUUUGAAUAUGCUUUAACUAUGUACCUGUUUGCUUUAGUUUUUCUUCUCUUUUUUUUCUGUUCGAAAGCAUCAAAAGCAUUGCAGAUUGUCAUUUUAUGAUUUAUUCUUUUUCAUCUUUUCGCAGAGAACUAUUCUGAAAGCCCAGUGCUUAUCAGGUAUAUGCAAAAAGAAGCAGUAACUGUGAACUAAUCCUAGAACAGAAAAUCCACUUCUUCCUUUUACAAAUACAUUCCCGAACGAACACCUGCCCCCCUGUCCCCCAAAACCAACAUCAGCUCCUGUACAUUCCAUUCAGUCUUCAAAGACGAUUUCAGUUCUGUAUUGCCAUCUCACUCACCCCAAACCCAUACCAUCAUCAAUCUUAUAGUUAUGCAUUAUUAAUGAGGAUUUUUCUUGUUGCAUUAACUUCAGCUCUGACCCCCUCUGCAGGUUUUACGGGGGAACGAACUGACGUAGCAUUCAGUGUUGUAGCUCACUAGCACUCUUUGGUCACUUUAUUUUUAUUUAAACAAUACAUUUAGGCGUUCAUUGGAAUGGCUUGCACCGUCAGAACGUUCUUGUGCAAAGCAGCGGUUCUUCCAUUUGUCAUUCAAUAAUACCACUGUUCAGGGAAGUGGAGGAUAAUGAUAAUGGCACUGACUACAGCGAUGCAUGUUUCCACACAUUCUUAAAAAAUGCUGCAUCCUAAUGCAUAUUUUGGUUUUUCUGUGUUUAGUCGAUUUGUAGAGGCAAGUCAGGGUGGGCAGAGUAGGAGGGGCCAGAUCCAUUUACAGUAAAUCCCUUUACGAGUAGUAGAGAGAGGCCUGCUCCUAGUAAGCUUAGUUACCCAAUGCCCUGGUAAGCAGAAACAAAGCUGCAUGUGACCACAGAGGAAGAUGUAAAUAAUUCUCGUGUACACAAAUUGCAUGUUAACAGCACAGAAGCUAUAGCGUGUGGCAUUUGAAAUAAGGAGAGCAAGUAAGUUUAAGCAGUUCAAUUAUAUUACCCAGAAUCCUCUCUGUCUCUGUCAGACUUACGCUCCCCUAUCACUACUCAGGUAUAUCUCUCUUUUGUUUGUCUAAACCAGUGCUUCCAAAAUGAUGUCAUUUAAAACAGACAGAGAGAAAGAGAGACAGUGAUGAUUUAUCCACAUCCCGUUUAUAUGUGCAUAUAUGAAAUAAUUCUGUUUUCUCAUCAAGUCUUCCUGGUUCACAGUGUCCUACCCGUCUUUCACCAGUCCACCGUUUUGUUAUCUCCCACCACUGUCAUUUCACGUCAUUUUAAUUUAUUGACUCUACUGCUUCCAAAAAAAAAAACAGCCACCACCAACCAAAAAGCCCGGAUAACAUAAGAAAUCAAGGAAAACCAUUCACUUGUUAAAACUUUUCAAACACGGUUUGCCAUAAGUGGAUUACAAAAAACUGUAUAUGGAAUCAGGACUCGACCGAAUCAGGAGAUGAAAACAUGAGGGACAGAUUGUGUGUUUGAGUGUUAAGAGGAUUUUCGACAAAUGAAGACAGGCGCCGUGAAAUGGAGGACAGUUUGGGGAAGAAAGAAAAUAAAAGAGGAGGAGUUGCGCUGAACGCUUCUCAGUUGCUGAGCUUCUGAACUGCCCCUUUAUCACUUCAGAAGAGCUCCACGACUGCAGAGCCGAUCCAGAGUCAAACCCCAGGGUCGCCACAAGAUUAGAGAUGACUCGGAGAAGACGAAAGAGAGAAAAUGAGAGAUGAAAGAAGUGCUAAACCGAC